GCGGCGGAGGGCGCAGAGCAGCGAUGCAGCGACUCCGGGGCACCCUGCUGUGCCUGCUGCUGGCCGCGGCGGUCCCCACGGCCCCUGCGCCGGCUCCCACGACGACCUCGGCUCCUAUCGGGCCUGGCCCGGCUCUCAGCUACCCGCAGGAGGAGGCCACCCUCAACGAGAUGUUCCGCGAGGUUGAGGAACUGAUGGAGGACACGCAGCACAAACUGCGCAGUGCCGUGGAGGAGAUGGAGGCAGAAGAAGCUGCUGCCAAAACAUCAUCGGAAGUGAACCUGGCAAACUUACCUCCCAGCUAUCACAAUGAGACCAACACGGAGACGAAAGUUGGAAAUAAUACCAUCCACGUACACCAAGAAAUUCACAAGGUCACCAACAACCAGACUGGACAAAUGGUCUUUUCAGAGACAGUCAUUACAUCCGUGGGAGACGAAGAAGGCAAAAGGAACCACGAGUGCAUCAUCGAUGAGGACUGUGGGCCCGCCAGGUACUGCCAGUUUGCCAGCUUCGAGUACACCUGCCAGCAGUGCCGGGAGCAGCAGGCGCUCUGCACUCGGGACAGCGAGUGCUGUGGGGAUCAGCUCUGCGUCUGGGGUCACUGCACGAAAACAGCCACCAAAGGCGGCAAUGGGACCAUCUGCGACAACCAGAGGGACUGCCAACCCGGGCUGUGCUGUGCCUUCCAGAGAGGUCUAUUGUUUCCUGUGUGCACACCGCUGCCCGUGGAGGGCGAGCUGUGCCAUGACCCCGCCAGUCGGCUUCUGGAUCUCAUCACCUGGGAGCUAGAGCCUGAGGGAGCUUUGGACCGAUGCCCAUGUGCCAGUGGCCUCCUCUGCCAGCCUCACAGCCACAACCUGGUGUACGUGUGCAAGCCAGCCUUUGUCGGGAGCCGUGACGAGGACGGAGACAGCCUGGUGCCCAGGGAGGUCCCCGAUGAGUACGAAGAUGGGGGCUUCAUUGAGGAGGUGCGCCAGGAGCUGGAGGACCUGGAGAGGAGCCUGUCCAUGGAAAUGGUGCUCGGGGAGCCCGGCGCGGCCUCCAGGCUGCUGGAAGAAGAAGAGAUUUAGAGGCGGGCUCUUCUGCGGGUAGAUGUGCAAUAGAAGCAGCUAAUUUAUUUCCCCAGCUGUGUCCUCCAAGGGCGAGUUCACCAGGCUUUUUCCAUGGUCUCUUCCCAGUACUAUACCCCCUCUGGCUUGAAGCAAAUUGAGAUGCUCUGUGCCCAUCCAACUCUCCCAGACCGUACCCCACACAUCACAGUCCUGGUGCCUGGGGGCACACAGGGGUGUGGGAGGGUGAAGGCAGAGCAGGGCUGCUAAACUGGGCCAAGUAUUAGCACUUUGCCUAUACUGCUUAGCAGAUGGCACAUUUCCUUUUGUUCCAUUGCCUGGAGAAGAGAAUGCAGGGAGGGAAGAGGAUGCAGAAUUUCCCCAUAGUGGGUUUUGGGAUCAUGUUGAGUCUCAUACAUGAGAAGAGUGCCCUGCUUUGCAAACAUAAACCUGGGGAAAAUGCAACAAAGUUUCCAGGCAGUUCUUCCCAGGCCUAGCGAGCUGUGCCUUCAGCUGCUGCAGAUGUACUGUUCUGCUUGGUACAUGCAUCCAUCCUUUCCACCAGUCGCUCAGCUCCUACCUCUGUGCCAGAGCAGCAGUUUCCUGUCCAUGACUGAUUCAAGCUCUCACCACAGCCUGGUGAGGAUCUCUGAGGCUCAGAGACCUCAAGUUGCUAGCCCAAGUCACACAGCUAGUGAAGACCAGAGCAGGAUUUCACCAAGGUGUGACUCCAAGUUCAGUUCUCUCUUCACUAUUCCUCACCAGCCUCAGUGCCACCAGAAGUAACCUCUAAAUAAGGAAGGAUGGAAUUUUUCUUUUUUUGAGGCGUAUCUGGAAUUAAGGUCACACUAGUUCACGAGUCCCUGUAAGAUUAAACUUCUACUGUUAGAAAUGGCAGCAUUCAAGGGUUUGACCCUGUCCUCCAUGGAAGUUACCUCAGAAAGUAUGUGCCUGGAGCAUUAUGUACAUGAGCUUGCUAGAAACAGCACUUACGUAAUUGUAGGGUAAAGAUUAGAAAUGAAAUUUGCAGACUUACUUACCAGCAAGUGGUCUGAAGACUGUUAUCAACCACAUGGGGAAAAUCAGAGCAAGCAAGGCUCUGUGAAAUAUGGUUGUAAUAUUCAAACUGAGAGCACUGGACUGUGCUGUUCCAUAGAUGAUAUUCCCAGGUGCCAGGGAUUGACUCCAUCAUGUAUUCAUCCAGAGUUAUUAAAUUUUAAAGCUGCCCAUGAUUGUAUAAGCAUGCUUUCAUUGAGUUUUAAAUUAUGUAUAAACAUAUAUGUUGCAUUUAAAAAUUAAGCAUAAAUCACUUAAACUAUUGCAGUUCUUGGACAUUUUUUCCUUUUGAUGUUGAAUAAAUAUAAAACCCUUUCAGCCAGAAAAAAUAAAAUUACCUACUUUGUCAAAAAAAAAAAAAAAAAAAAAAACAACCCUCUCUUCCAUCUAAGUAAAUUUUCCAGACAACUGAAGCACACUUCUUUAGCAUCAAAAUAUUUUAGAAAUGUUAACCAUUUGGGGAUCAAUGCUUCACUGUUUUCUGAGUGAGUAUGACCCUUUUCACGGAAGUCUUCUUUAAUCAUAUCCAGUUCUGAGCCAUAACGCAGUAGACUAUUUAGGCUAUAAAGUUACUAUAUAUUAAGAUCAGCUAGCUGAGUGGAGACUCCGGUAUUGAUAAACUACUUAUAUUAACUCAUUGAGUCUUCAUUGAAUUCAAGAAUAUUUUCCUCAUAUAAUGAUGAAAAAAUAGAGGCUUAAAAAGACUGAUAGAAGUAAAAAAAAAAAAAAUUCAGUAUCUAGUAUAGUGAGCUCAGGAUAUAGUGAUAAUGAAAAGAUCAAAUAUAGGGUUGUUCCCUACUCAGUGUCAAAAAUCAUUAGGAUCGCUCUACAUCAUAUGAGUCAACAGAUAUUUAUGGAAAGGCUGCUCAGAACCAGAAGCUGUGAUUAUGUCAAGUCGAUCCAGACAGGGCCCCGCCCCUGAAGGCACAGUCUAGUGACAGAGAUACACUAAGCCAAACACCAACAGAGCAAAAAGCAGUGAACCCAGGUCAUGGGAGCUGCACAGGAAACUCAGCCUGGGAGAGCUGCAUGGAAACCAGACCUGAAGAUGGCAGUUUGUCAGGAGGCCAGAGGAAGAGAUAGAGGAAGAGACAUUCUGAGGCACGGACAGGAGGGAGGGAGAGAAUAGAAGGAGGGGUGGCAUAUAGGGGAAGCUUCAAGUCAAGACAAAUUUGAACAAGCAUUUGGAGAAGAGGCUGAAAAUUAUUUCAUUUAAUAAAAAAUUUAUU